AUGUUUUACUCAUUCUUUUUACUUAUCUGUUUCUUCCCGCGAUUUAAUCUCGUCGCUAUAUGUGUAUACCACUUCUCUUCAGGACAUGGCAAAUCUAUCUGCCAAUUCUCGCACGGGUCAGUGCUCUCUCUCUUUGUUCAAGUUGUGACGUGGCUGCCACCAUUGCCAGCGCCUCACGUUCCCCUCCACUUUUUCGUACCGUUCUCAUUGCCAACGUUUCCCUCAGUGUCUGGUGAUGUUCUCACUGCCAGCGCCGGCUCAGUGUCUGGUGGCGUUCUCACUGCCAGCGCCGGCUCAGUGUCUGGUGGCGAUCUGGUCGGCUCAGUUCUCACUGGCGAUAACACUGCCAGCGUCGGCUCAGUGUCUGGUGGCGAUCUCACUGCCAGCGUCGGCUCAGUGUCUGGUGGCGAUCUCACUGCCAGCGUCGGCUCAGUGUCUGGUGGCGAUCUCACUGCCAGCGUCGGCUCAGUGUCUCGGCGAUCUCAAUGCCAGCGUCGGCUCAUGUCUGGUGGCGAUCUCACUGCCAGCGUCGGCUCAGUGUCUGGUGGCGAUCUCACUGCCAGCGUCGGCUCAGUGUCUGGUGGCGAUCUCACUGCCAGCGUCACCCCACUAUCUCCUGACGCUCUCAUGUGUAAUUUUUUGCCACUUUCUCAUGCUGUGAAUGAUUUUGACAGGUAUUCAACUUUAUCAUUCUUUUAUAUUCUUUUUCUCUUCUCUUUACCUCUUUCUAACACAUUUCCCUCUCGUUUCUCUCACUAA